AUGGAAAAAAAGUGUCCAUUUUUAUCUACAAUAAAUAGAGGUGUACUAGAUUUUGAUCAUGAAAAAUUAUGCAGUGUGACACUUCGUAAUGAGCAUGUAUACUGUUGUCUAGUAUGUGGUACUAACUUUCAGGGUCGUGGUAAAGGAUCUAUAGCUUAUUGCCAUGCUUUAGAGAUGUCGCAUCAUAUGUUUAUAAAUCUACACACAUCCCGAAUAUAUUGUUUACCUGAUAACUAUGAAGUUAAAGAGCACUCUUUAGAUGAUAUUAAACAAUAUUUACAGCCUAAGUUUGACAAAAAACUUAUUUCUAUACUAGAUAAAAAUUGUAAGACCUAUGAUGGGAGUGAAUAUAUACCAGGCUAUAUUGGGUUAUAUAACUUUGGGAAAACUGAUGCUUUAAAUGUAGUCAUCUUAUUGUUAUCUAGGAUCAUUCCUUUAAGGGACUUUUUCCUUUAUUUCCCUAUUUAUGACUCUGAAAAUUUUCAGAAAAUAAGUAAAGUACCUCUGGAUAAACUUAUGUUCAGUAUAAUUGAAAUAGUUUGUAAAAUAUUCAAUCCCUAUAACUUUAAAGGUAUGGCUUCUCCUUUUGUGCUUGCUAAUACAAUCGAAAGAAAAUCUAAUAGUCUUUUGCCGGUAAGUACCAAUACUGAAAAACAAAGUAAUAAAACUUCUCAGGAUACUCAAUUUGUUGAUCCUAUGGCACUAUUAUCUUGGAUAAUUCACUAUAUGAAAAAAAAACUUUCUAAGAUAAAAUUGGGAUACCAAAGAUGUUUUUAUCAAGAUAAAAUGAGUAAAAGUAAAAAUAUAAUUGCUUCAUGUAUUGAAGGACAAGUUUUAAAUUGUACAAAGAUCAAUGGAAUAGAACCAAAAAGCCUAAACUUAUCAUAUGAUUCUAUGAAAUCUGUUCACGGAUCAACUGUUAAUUCCUUUAUAUCACUGUCUUUAAAUAUUCCAUUACCAUCUGUUUUGAAUCCUUCUUUGGAUUCUAGAAUACCUCAAAUUGCAAUAUUUGACUUGUUACAAAAUAAGUUUUUGGAAAAUAGUUCUACUUUUCAAAAAAUAUGGUUAUUACCAUGUUAUUUGAUUGUUCACUUUAAGCGAUUUUCAAUGGAAUCUUUUGGUUUAGAGAAAAAUCCUACAAUUAUCUCCUUUCCUAUUAAAAAUCUAGAUCUUUUACCCUAUGUACAUCCAGAUAAUCUUCAUGCUAAUCCAAAUACUAAAUAUGACUUAAUAGCAAAUAUAGCUCAUAAAGGAGAUACUAAAUCUGGAGUAUUCACUAUUCAAAUGUAUCACUCAGGUAGAAAUGAAUGGUAUGAAAUUGAAAACCUUAAAGUUGAGCAGAUAUUACCUCAGGCUCUAUUAUUAACAACAUCAUAUAUUCAACUUUAUAAACAAAGUGAUUUACAUUAA